CUGGGUACGAAUGUGUUGUAGUCUCAUCACCCACGUCAACCCACGUUGAUGUUAACUCGUGGCAAACUUGUUUCGGCGUUAGAAAUAUGAAUUCGGCAAGAAGUAUUUGUUUAUUUUUAUUUUAUAUUUUUGCUUGGGCAAAAGCCGAUGGACCUACUUUGGUUUUGCUGGAUAAUUUAGCAAUAAAAGAAACACACUCAUUGUUUUUUAAAUUUUUACAAGAAAACGAUUAUAAUCUCUCUUUUAAAUUAGCCGACGAUUCUAAUUUACUUUUAUCUAAGUAUGGAGAAUAUUUGUACAAGCAUUUAAUUAUUUUUGCACCUUCCGUUGAAGAAUUUGGAGGUUCGUUAAAUGUUGAUGCAAUAACUGAUUUCAUUGAUGGAGGUGGUAAUGUAUUAGUUGCGGGAUCAUCACAGUCUGGUGAUGCAUUACGAGAAUUAGCAUCUGAAUGUGGUUUUGAAAUUGAUGAAGAAGGCGCUACAGUAAUUGAUCAUAUGAAUUAUGAUGUAUCAGACAUUGGACAUCACACAACAAUUGUAGCAGAUUCAUCAAAUUUAAUAGAUGCUCCAGUAAUUGUUGGAAGUAAAUCGAUUCCUCCUCUACUUUAUCAAGGAACUGGAUUGAUUGCUGAUCCUGAUAAUCCAUUAAUUCUUAGAUUACUUACGGCAUCAAGUUCAGCGUAUUCCUAUCAUUCAGAACAAUCAGUUAAAGAAUAUCCUCAUGCUGUUGGAAAAAAUACAUUGUUAAUUGCAGCUCUUCAAGCUAGGAACAAUGCUAGAGUUUUGUUUUCUGGUUCUUUAUACUUCUUCAGUGAUGAAGCUUUCACAAGUUCUGUGAAAAAAUCAUUAGGAGGACAAAAGUAUGACUUAUCAGGCAAUGAAGUUGUUGCAAAAGCCAUGGCUAAUUGGGUCUUUAAAAAGAAGGGAGUUAUUCGAGUCUCUGGAGUAGAUCAUCAUCGUGUUGGUGAAAUACAACCACCUGCAUCCUAUACUAUAAUGGACGAUGUUGUUUAUUCCGUAAACAUUGAAGAAUUAUCUGGAAAAGAUUGGAUUCCUUAUGAAGCAAAUGAUGUGCAAUUGGAAUUUGUAAGAAUUGAUCCAUUUGUAAGAACGCUCAUGAAACCAGUGGGUAAUGGUCGAUAUGAAGCAAGAUUUACUAUUCCUGAUGUAUAUGGUGUUUAUCAAUUUAAAGUUGACUAUACGCGCAUUGGAUUAACACAUUUGUAUAGUACAACACAGGUUUCUGUUCGACCUUUACAACAUACACAAUAUGAACGAUUUAUACUCAGUGCCUAUCCAUAUUAUGUUAGCGCUUUCUCAAUGAUGGCAGGAGUGUUUCUGUUUUCAUUCAUCUUUUUACAUUUUAAGGAAGAAACUAAAUCUAAAUCAGAGUAACUAAUUAUAAUUAAAAAAAAAAAAUUUUUGUUUUCAACAAUAUUGUUAUUUAGUUCUCUGAUACAAUUGCGUGAAUAGGCGUAAAAAAUAUUCCUCCUUACAAUUUCAUUGGACUGGUUAAGUCUUUACAAAAAAACAUUUGUAAGAAGUUUAUUUUAAUUUUAAAAAUGAGCUAAGACUAAGAGAACAUGUUAAACAAUAUAGCUUUUUUUUUUUUUUAAUUGAACACAGUGAUUUCAUACCUCAUCGAAUUCAAAAACUUCGCAUGUUUUGGUAUUUUUAAGAUAAAUAAAAGAAAACACAUUUUUAAGAAAAA